GGAACUCAAUGUACAGCAGUUAGCUUAGCUAGCUAGCUUAUGAGGGUUGAAACUGUAACAAAACAUCAGUUUAUUAAGAAAAUAAAGAAUGUUUACAUUAAACGGAAAGCCUGUUUAUUAACGUAAUAAAACCGUAUUCACGUUAACUCGUGUUUCAUUUCCACCAUUACUAGAAAGGUGUCGAGAAAGAUGUGUAGUCAACGUUAGCUCAAAAAUGCUAAUGACUGCAGCUUGCUAACUUAGCUAACAUGUAGCUAAACAUGCUGCAUCAAGUAGCCUUACACACUUGUACACAUAGCUAGAAGUUAAUAAUAGACAGCGUGGGGAGAGGAUUCUUACUUGCGGACUCUAACAGCAGGGAUGAAGAAGUGGAACUGGCAAGAAGGACAGCGACCGUAUAGGCGACAAGGUGCUGGUCAACGCCAUGGUUGGUACAGAGGCAACCGGCAAAGGUCAACACAGGACGAGCAGUGGUCUGGACAUAAUGAUGCAGGGCCAUCAUUUAGAGCAUCUCAGAGGAGAAAUGAAAACCAGUCAGCGUCUGUCUCGUCGUCCUCCCCAUCUUCCUCUAAGACCAGCAAUGCUGCACCAGAGCUGCCUGGUUUCUACUUUGACCCGGAGAAAAAUCGUUACUUUCGCCUGUUGCCCGGACACAACAACUGUAACCCGCUGACCAGAGAGCAGUUGCAGGAGAAGGAAAGAGAGAAACAGAGAAACAAGAUGCUCGUGGAGGAUGAAAAGCCCAGAAAAAAAGCACCAAGAACAGGACUGAACUCUUCGCUGCUGCUGCAGAAAAGACACCUUGGCAUGUUACCUGAAAACUCCUAUUGCAGGCUGGUCCAUGAGGUGAAGGUCAGUGGAAUGAGACGCCACAAACUAGAGAUCCAGAGCACGGACAACAGCAACCCCAACACUGACAACUUCCGGCUCAUAGUGGGGGACUCUGCAUGUGAGCGAGUGUUCACAGUCAAUGAUGUGUCACACGGAGGCUGCAAGUAUGGCAUCAUGAACUUCAGCAGCAGCAGCCGGGGAUCUCUGUCUGUGGAAAUGUGCGACAACCUCUACUUCACAAACCGCAAGGUGAAUUCCAUCUGCUGGGCCUCAGUCAACUACCCAGACUCCCACGUCUUGCUGUGUCUGGUAGGAGCGGCAGACACCCCCGGCUGCGUCAGUUUGCUUCCUGCUUCCCUCUUCAGCAACUCCAACCCAGACCAGCCCGGGAUGCUGUGUAGCUUUAAGAUAUCGUCAGCCUGGUCUUGUGCUUGGUGCUUCAACCCCCAGUUUGACAAGACUUUUAGCACUGGCCUGUCUCGUAGAGUGAUAGUGAAAGAUGCAGAGACGGGCCGAACGCAGACGUACAGCACCGGCAGCGAUGUCUUGGCUCAGCAGUUUGCCCUUAGGGUCCCUGUGCUGUUUAAUGGUUGUCGAUCAGGAGAGAUCUUCAGCAUUGACCUGCGGCAGCGCGGCGGCCGCAGGGAUCAAAGCUGGAAAGCCAGCCGCUUCCAUCAAGAAUCGGCCAUCACCUCCGUACGCGUCCUGCAGGAUGAGAACUACCUGCUUGCUGCUGACAUGCUGGGCCAGAUUAAGCUGUGGGAUGUGCGAGUGACUAAGGCAGUGCAGGAGUACAAAGGGCACUAUAAUGAGCACGCCUACCUUCCCAUCCACGUCAAUGAGCCUGAGGGGCUUUUGUUGGCAGUCGGUCAGGAUUGCUACACAAGGUUAUGGAGCCUAAAAGAUGGCCACCUACUGAGGACUAUCCCAUCCCCCCACCCGACCGCAAACGACCUGAUCCCGAGCGUGGUCUUCUCCUCCAAGUUGGGCGGCUGCAGGGGGCUCCCCGGCCUGCUAAUGGCCGUCAAACACGACCUUUACUACUUCCCAUACAGCACCGACUACCAGGAAGGAGGAGAGCAGCCGGCCAGCUUUUAGGAAAAGACUGAGAAUGCUUCUUCUCACAAAUCAUUCUUAAGACAAGGACACCAUCUUUUUUUUUUUUUUUUUGUCAAAUGUAUGGAUGGAGUUAUAGUCAUAUACAAAAUCUAUUAGGUAUUUUAUAAUUGAAAGGGUUCGGCCACGUAUGCAGGUCAUUUCCACAAGGUUGCAGUGAACUUUUGAUUGGGAAGAUGACCUCCGAAGAGUUACAUUGAAGUCUCAGGGGAAAGUUAUUUUUUGACCCACUUGUUUGUGCCAAAAGGAAAUAGAAGUGCUACAUACACGAGUGCACGCAACUACUACAGUUAAGAUUUGUGUAACCUUUACAACAAAAGUGCUCUUACUUGUGACAUAAUUGACCUUAUGAUUUCUAACGUAAUUUAGGAUGUCUCCGAUCUGAAUUUGAAAAGAAUGAUACUGCGUUUAUACUAUAAAUCAACAGUUUCUAAUUGCUGUUGAAUGACAAUUCUAUUCUUUAAAAAAAAAAAGAAAUGGUUAACACAGUGAUCUGUUGCAUUGUAUUUGCUCCUAAGUGACACACACACCGACUGAGUUUCUGCAGUUUAAUACAUAAUGGUAUGAGCAUA